AUGAAAUAUUAUUUAGAAUUCUUGAAAAAAAAAUUAUUAAAGAAAAAGAAAUUGUCUAUAAAGAGUGAGACAAUAAAUAAAUAUUCUAAAAAUCAACCAUUAGACAUAAAGAAAACGGAAAUAGAUAUAGUGAAAAAGAAUUUAACAAAUAAAGAUAAAAUUAAAGAAGAUAAUAAUUUAAAAUUGAUCAAAUUAGCAAAUACAAAUACACUAGAAUCAAGUACAAAUAUAAAAUUUACAUUGCAAAAUAUAAAGUGUAAUGAAAUUAGAAGAUUUUAUUUAAAUAAUAGCAACAAUUUUGUGAAUUCAGAUGGAUUAAAAUGUAACAUUUUAUCAGCCGUAUAUUGUAAUGAAAAAAAUAUUUUAUUUUAUUUAUUAGUAUUUUCUUUCACAAAUAUAGACAAAUAUUAUUUAGAAUUAAUAAAGAUUCAUAUAAGAAAUUCUAAAACUGAAGAAUCAAUUGUUAAAAAUGCUGAAUUUAUAAUAGUAAAUAAAAAUAAUAACAUAAAAAAUGAAAAUAAAAGAACAUUUACAAAUAUUAAAAUAGCUAUGAAAAUACAAGAAAACAAAAAAAUUAGUCAAUUCGCUAAUCAUAAUAGUUUUAUUCAAGAUAUAUCACUUGAUAAUAUAUUUUAUAUAAUUGAAUAUAGGAAAUGGCAUAAUUAUUGUGACUGUUUUGAAAAUGCAAAUUAUAAUGCUUUAAAUAGUAGAUACUAUAAGAAAAAUAUUUAG